AUGGCCAAUAUUUCCACACACUCCAUCAAUGGCUCAAGCUUCCCUGCCAUUAAGGACACCUACAGCGAGCAUCUACAGACUUCCUUUUCUAUCUUUUUAGCCUUCCACUCUCUGCGCUGCUUCUACGCUGGGAUCACACCGGACGUCAGUUUGCCAGAGUUCAGUGUUGUUGGUCUGGUGGAUGGAGAGCAGAUUGUUUAUGAUGACAGUAACGUUAAGGAGAUGAUCCCAAAGAACGAGUGGAUAAUGGAGGUUGAUGCUGAUAAUCCAGAUUACUGGAACAUGAAGAUGCAGAAGAUUCAGGGUAGCCUGGAUGACAUGAUGGCCAAUUUGGUGACAGUAAUGGAGCGGUUCAGUCCUACUGGAGGUCUUCAUACAGUGCAGGUGAUCUUUGGCUGUAUGAUAAUGGAACUAAUAGAGGACACAACCACUACAGUUAUGAUGGAGAAGACUUAAUCAGUCUAGACGUCUCUAGACUCCCACCUGGACUGCAGUGAAUCCUAAAGCUCUUAUUACCAAACAGAAGUGGGAGAGGAUGGGUUCAGCCGUUUGGUGAAAGUCCUAUCUGGAGAACAUCUGAGUUGCGUGGUUAAAGAAGUAUGUGGAAUAUGGCAGAUCCAGUCUGG